AUGAAACGAAAAAGUAAGGUUGACCCUGGAGUGGAGGGCUUAAUUCAGAACACGCCUCGUAAGUCGUACCGUCCCCAGUUCAUGUGUUAUGGGCCAUGGCCUGAUGCUUUGAUGAUCAGAAGAAGAAUGGGCCUAAAACUACCGGAUUCUGAUUUCCACGCCACGCGCCAAUCCGUCCACAAUCUUCCCCGACUAACUUUCAGUCUCAGUGAGUUUAGGGCUCUGAGAGUGGAAAUUGAAUUGAUCGUUAUCAGCAUGAAUUACAUUUUAGGAGCUUUCAAGCCGGCUUGUAAUAUUUCAAUCACAUUUGCCGAUGCCAAAACUCGCAAGCAGGCUCCAUUAAAGAAAGAAAAUGGUCAGACAAUACUGGUCCCCCUCUUCCAAAGUCAAGAAAACAUUGCUGGGAAGAUUUGUUUAGAACCCUCGCAAGGAAAGAAGGUUGAACACAACGGUAUCAAAAUAGAGCUCCUUGGGCAGAUUGAGAUGUAUUUUGACCGAGGCAACUUCUAUGACUUUACCUCCCUUGUUCGUGAGCUGGAUGUUCCUGGUGAAGUGUAUGAAAAGAAAACAUAUCCUUUUGAAUUUUCAACGGUUGAAAUGAUGUACGAGACAUACAAUGGAGCAAACGUGCGACUUAGGUAUGUGUUAAAGGUGACCAUCAAUCGUGGUUAUGCUGGUAGCAUAGUGGAAUACCAAGAUUUUGUAGUGCACAACUACACCCCAGCUCCAGACAUCAACAAUAGCAUUAAGAUGGAAGUUGGAAUCGAAGACUGCCUUCAUAUCGAGUUUGAGUACAACAAAAGCAAGUAUGAUCUAAAAGACGUGAUCAUUGGGAAGAUAUAUUUUCUGCUUGUUAGAAUAAAGUUGAAGAAUAUGGAUCUUGAGAUCAGAAGACGGGAAUCCACUGGUUCUGGGGCUAACACUCAUGUGGAGACAGAAACCUUAGCAAAGUUUGAGCUGAUGGAUGGAGCUCCUGUCAGAGGCGAAUCGAUUCCAAUCAGGCUGUUCCUGAGCCCAUAUGAACUCACACCAACACACCGCAAUAUCAACAACAAAUUCAGUGUGAAAUAUUAUUUGAAUCUGGUGCUUGUUGACGAAGAAGAUCGCAGAUGUGGUUGA